AUGCCUUGGGAGCGGACCUUUUCACCACACUGGUCCCUUGAAAAACUGUACUGGAUGCAAAGUGGUAAAGAAUGUCAAAGAAAGGAUUGGAAGUUUGCCCACGCGCACGAGUGCGCAAUCUUCAAGAAUCUAAACCCUCGUAUUUUGCCGAGCAAUGCUCGGGCUCUUCUACGAAUGAUCGUGCGCACUGAACAUAAGAAAUACACCACCGAGGAACUAGAUCUCUUCUCCCAACUUGAGACUCACAUCACCGAAAUCCAUGACCAGAGCCCCGAGCAAUGGGAGCGUAUCGCCUUAUCUUCAAAGGCCGUCAAGGCCUACUCCGGAACAGACUUGAAGGAAGAAACGAUAUCCGCCUUCGGCGCCAAACUGGAAUUAAACUCCUUCAACUUCACCAACAUCCUCUCCGACCGCAUCGGUCUCUACCUACACCCCUACGCCGCCCUCAUCAACCACAGCUGCAACUACAACGCCGCCGUCGGCUUCGACAGCGACACCCUAUACAUCAAAGCUACCCGUCCAAUCCAAAAAGGCGAACAAAUCUUCAUCUCCUACGUCGACGCCACAAACCCAGUCAAACUCCGCCGCUCCGAACUCCGCGAGCGCUACUACUUCCACUGCCAAUGCGCCAAAUGCGAGAAAGAUCUCGCAGAGCCAGAGCACAGCUUCCUCGGCCCAGAAGCACAAAAUGACCUUUCCGCCCUAGAAGGCGCAGAAAUAGAAGCCUACGAGCUUCUGAACGAAUGCUCUUCAGCCGUGGAAACCGAUCCCAAGAAAAUGGCUAAAAGGCUCCAAUCGUCUGUUAAGUUUCUACGGCAGAUUGGCGCUUGGCCCGUUACGGAACAGCCUCUCGUCUCUUUGAGAGAUGAGCUGAUUGCCUCGUUGCUGGCUGAUCAAGAUAUCAGUUCUGGGUUUGUACAGGCUGCUGUGCGGUAUCUUCGUGUUGAUCCUGUUGUUUAUGGGGAUGAGCGGCAUCCUGUUCGUCAGUUGCAUGCGUAUGCGCUGGCCAGGGUGGCGGUUUCCUUGGAUUACGGAGCGGAUGGGGGUGCUACUAGUUUGCUUGGAUUGGUAGAUAUGAGAAUGGAGCCUAUGCUGCUUGCUUGGUCUAUUUUGAGUCGGCUCGUGGAACUAGAGGAUGAGGCGUGCACUGUGCCGAGCUUUAAGAGGAUGAUUAGGUGGUUAUUUGAUGAUGUGAAUGAGAAGUUUAAGGGGGAUAAGAAGAAACUAAAGGAUAGCGGAGAUGAUAUACGGAAGGAGUGGGAGAAGAUGGAACUGCUUGUCGAUACGGCACUUGAGAAGAGGUAUUAA